ACAUUAGCAAGACUUGUUAGAUUAUUGAUUCCUUUUGUUUUGGAAAUUGUUAAUUUUGUAAACGUAAAUGAAUGUACAUUGAUUUCUUUUCACAUUUAAAUUUAUAGUUAAUAGCUUAACCAUGCUACAACGUACGUAUUUAACGGAACAAGAUAUAAGAAAACGCCAAAUAGACACACUUAAAAUAUUCAAUGAUAACGUCACCGAAAUCAACGAAAAUUCCGAAUACAGAGUAGAAUUCGAAGCGAAUGGGCGUAAUUUUAGUCUGAACGUUAUAUUAAAUCCUGAAUUUCCGAAUGAAAAGCCGAAUAUAUUCAUAAAUCCUCUGAUAUCUCAUCCUUGGAUACUAGAAAAUUCAAAUCAGAUUAUAGGAGCUCCUGGUUUGAUUAACUACACUCCUCAUUCAGAUUUAGGACGUGUGGUUCAAGCAAUAAUUCGUGAGUUUCAAAGAUCUGUUCCCCAUAUCACUAAUGAAGAUAAAUCAACAGAUACAAGCCCGCAAUCAACUUAUAGUAAUCAGUCUUUAAUGUUCCCUGAGUUGAGUGAGUUAACAGCUGAGGAAUUGCAGGAAAUCUUUCAUAAUCCAGACUUACAGGACAAAAUCCUAGAAAGUAAUCCACAACUACUAGAAUUGGACUUAGAAACAGAGGAAUUAAUGACGAGCAUUGAAGAGAUCGCUCAAGGGAACAUCAAGAAACAGCAAAUGUUAGACGACCUCAAAACGGAUGUCCUAGAUCGAAUAUCGACCAUAGUUCAGAUGAAAAUGAGCUUUGAAGAGUUGAAUAGGAAACAUCAGAAGCUGUCGGAAAUGUACGACCCUCAUAGGAUACGAGAUUGCCUGAGAGAGGGUGCGUUUAAAGCAGAUGAGGACGCGGAAAUGGUUGCGGAGCAGUUUUUAUUGGGUAACAUUCCAGUAGAAACAUUCAUAGCUAAAUUUGCUGAAAAAAGGGCUUUAGGACAAGCGAGACGGGCCAGAGAGGAAAGAUUGGCACAUCAAUUGGCACAAUUGGAUAAAGCUACAACAUAAAUAAAGUUAUUCCUAAUAAUGCGUAUUUUGUAAUUGAAUGAUUGUUCGAGUACCAAUGUCGUAUUUUCUUGUUGGUUUUUCUUUCGUUUGUGAGAAAACAUAAUUAUACUCAGUAAACUUUAUAUUUAAUGGUUAUGAAA